AGUCGAUCAUCGGAAUCGCUGUCGGUUGCAUUUAUUUCGGAUUCUAGAAAUGGACAGGCAGACAAGGCGAUACAUUAAAUUCAAUGGAUACUUGAUCUUCGCUUUCACGUUGGUCAUCGUCUUCUACGAGACGUGGUCGCUGACGAUUGACACGUUGUAUGCAAAUCAGCAAUACAUAAUCAUCGAAGAAAACGUCCUUAUCAGGAGCAAUUUGACGGGACGAUGGGUGGCUGCAGUGAUAUGGUUGAUUGCCCUGGCGGCGUACUUUAUGGCCAUGCAUUGGGAGGAUGCGGAGUUUCUCAAACCGGCUAUACUUCUUUAUGCUGCGGAAGUGCUUUUAGUUCUGGCGGAGGAUCUGAUGCGAACUAUACGGGACGAUGGCAACGAGCGGUUCAUAAAAGAUGAGCAGCAUUUGUUCUCUUUCACGGUGAUAGGGGUCUAUUUGAUGUAUACUUUACACACGCUGCAAGUGAUAUUUCAACGAUCGAGUCUGAAGGGGAAGAGUAUGCAGUACAAAGUGAAUUUGAUCAACUGUAGUGGUGAAAGCCAUGCAGUGUGAAGCGAUGGUUUAUGUUUGAUUUU